UCGUUAAAAAAAUUAAACAUGGCUGCCUUGUGAAAGUCAUGUUGUUCGUUUGCCAUUUGGAGAACUCGGCAAUUAUAUAGCGUAUGAACUGUUUUUAUUGUUUAAUUUCUUCCGUUUCAAAUCAGUCGUUAAGACCAGCGGUUGAUUAAGCACUGCGAGACCCAAAACGGUACUGUCUGAUCAUGGACCACGACCAACAAUUAAGAAAUCUGCGGGAUUUUCUGCUCGUUUACAAUCGAAUGACAGAGAUCUGCUUCCUGAGGUGCACCAGCAACCUGAACUACAGAAGUCUCACGAUGGAUGAGGAGCGUUGUGUAGACAGCUGUGCUGGCAAACUGAUCCGCUCCAACCAUCGCAUGAUGAGCACCUACGUGCAGCUGAUGCCGCGCAUCGUGCAGAAGCGGCUUGACGAGAUGGAGAGUAAGGUGGCCGAGGUGUCCAAAGGCAAUGCAGGUGUGGAGCCACUGCCCGCUGUGGGGCCUGGAGGAGCCUCCACAGCAUCCACACUGCCGGGGGCAUCGCCGACGGUGUCACCCGUAUUGGCUGCUGCUCAACCCUCUGCUACAGCUUCAGGAGGAAGCAGAGCCCCGUUGGCUGUGGUACAGGAACCAACAACCGCACCAAUAUCAACUGUAACACAAGGGGUUCUGCCGGGUAUGGUCAGUGCAGGGAAGCACCAACCGGUUCCUUCCAGUUCUCCUAGUAACAGUACUACCUCUUCUGCAUCAAGCCUGGGACCUUCUGACCAGACUGGACAACAGAUUCUGGCUUCACCCUUAUUAAAAUGAAAGGAAAUGGUAUUAUGUGUACUUUUUAAAAAUUGAUUUUAUAUAUACAUAAUAUUCCGAGUGUUAUUCCUGAUACUAUUCCUGUAACCAUAAAUAAAUUUCAUGGCACCCCUUCCGAUAGGACCAGCA